CCGGAAUUCGGAGCUAAGGCUGCCGCGCUCCGGCAAAACGCGCUUGGUGAGGUCGUUAAAGAUUUCCCCCUCUGGAAAAUCGCCAGGGAAAAGUGGUGAAAAACGAAGCCGGGAGGGCCCUAGUCUCGGGAGUCUAGGAGGAGCCCAACCCCCGGACCUAAUGCCGCAGGGAGAAAAGACAGAGCAGCGAGCGCAGAUACCAUCCUAACUCCAAGAAAAGGGAACGACUUUUACCGCAGGAAGAACCUAGGCCUGGAAGCCACGCGAGAUCUGGGGGUCGGGAUCACGUUGCGUUGCCUAGCGACAGCAAGGACGCUCGUGGGACCCCAAGCUAAACCCCGCUGUAGCCUUAAAUCUCCUACCAUGGAGGAAGAAGGCGGCGGCCGCAGCUGUGGGACCACUAGGGAGCUGCAGAAGCUGAAGCAGCAGGCGAUGGAGUACUACCGGGAGAACGACGUUCCGCGCAGGCUGGAAGAGCUGCUCAACUCCACCUUCUACCUCCAGCCUGCCGACGUCUACGGGCACCUGGCAAACUGCUUUUCUAAACUUGCAAAGCCUCCCACCAUAUGCAAAAUAGUGGGGAAAGACGUACUAGAUGGACUGGGGCUUCCAACCCUGCAAGUGGACAUAUUCUGCACCAUUCAAAACUUUCCCAAGAACGUAUGUUCUGUGGUGAUCUCGACUCAUUUUGAAGUCCAUGAGAACGCUCUGCCCGAGCUGGCCGAGGCGGAGGAGGCAGAGAGGGCCAGCGCGGUGAGCACUGCCGUGCAGUGGGUCAACAGCACCAUCACGCACGAGCUCCAGGGGAUGGCACCCUCUGACCAGGCAGAGGUGGAUCACCUACUCAGGAUAUUCUUCGCAAGUAAAGUACAAGAAGAUAAGGAGAGAAAAGAAUUGGAAAAGAGCCUGGAAUACUCAACAGUGCCUACACUUCUACCUCCAGUACCACCACCACCACCCCCUCCACCUCCUACCAAAAAAAAGGGGCAAAAGCCAGGGAGGAAGGAUACUAUUACAGAGAAACCUAUUGCACCUGCAGAGCCUGUUGAGCCUGUACUCAGUGGCAGUAUGGCCAUAGGGGCCGUGUCACUAGCUGUUGCCAAAGCCUGUGCCAUGCUGCUUAAUAAGCCUCUGUACUUAAGUAUCGCUCUACUGAAGCACAAUCAGGAACAGCCAACAACGCUAUCUAUGCCUUUGCUGAUGGUAUCGCUGGUCAGCUGUGGGAAGUCAUCAUCUGGGAAGCUCAAUUUAAUGAAAGAAGUGAUUUGUAUACCCCAUCCUGAAUUAACAACCAAACAAGGUGUCGAGAUGCUUAUGGAAAUUCAGAAACAUAUCAACAAAAUAAUUGAAAUGGUAUGUAAAGAGAUUCUAUGGUAUCUACAGCAGAUCACUGGCAAGAUGUCUCAUCUUGGCUGUUUAACCAUUAACUGUGACUCCAUAGAACAGCCACUGCUUCUAAUACAGGAAAUCUGUGCAAACCUGGGGCUAGAACUGGGAACAAAUCUGCAUCUAGCUAUCAACUGUGCUGGACAUGAGCUGAUGGACUACAAUAAAGGAAAGUAUGAAGUGAUCAUGGGCACAUACAAAAAUGCAGCGGAGAUGGUUGACCUGUAUGUGGAUCUGAUCAAGAAGUACCCUUCAAUUAUUGCCUUAAUUGAUCCUUUCAGGAAGGAGGACUCUGAACAGUGGGACAGCAUCUAUCACGCACUUGGUUCCAGGUGUUACAUAAUUGCAGGAACUGCUUCCAAAAGCAUUUCUAAACUUCUAGAGCAAGGAAACAUCAGCAUCCCCAAAUCCAAUGGGCUGAUCAUAAAACACACAAACCAAACUACAAUGUCUGACUUGGUGGAAAUAACCAAUCUGAUUGACAGUAAGAAGCACAUCACUGUCUUUGGAAGUACAGAAGGAGAAUCAUCUGAUGACAGCCUUGUCGAUUUGGCUGUUGGGCUUGGUGUCCGGUUCAUCAAGUUGGGGGGUCUUUCCCGUGGUGAACGAGUGACUAAAUACAACCGCCUUCUCACUAUAGAGGAAGAACUUGUCCAGAAUGGAACACUGGGCUUCAAAGAAGAACACACUUUUUUUUACUUUAAUGAGGAAGCUGAAAAGGCUGCGGAGGCACUUCAGGCUGCUGUGGCUAGGGAGCCGCUGGUGCCCACCUUCCCCACACAAGGUGUAGAGGAAUCAGCCGAAACAGGAGCAUCCUCUGGAUAGGGCUGUACACACCCCAGGUUCCAGCCACACCAUCAGUAUUGGUAGACCGGGAGGUCUGAAGUACGGCGCCGUAUCUCCACAUGGAGUUUCCUCUUCAACUUCACCAACUCUUGUGGUUUUUAUUCUUCUAAUUCCACUGUUUGGUAAAUUACAUAUAUGAUGUUUUUGCCUGAAAUUCUAUCUGUGAACUUCGUUUUGCAGCCACCACACUUCCAUGUGGAUUUUGUUUGUCUAUUAGCGCUCCUGUCCAUUUUUCAGGGACACGCUCCAGUAAAAGAGGCCAAUAUUUUUGUUGCCAACUCCACACUCAGUCAAACACCCCAUCCUUUACCAAUCAGAAUAUCUCUGAGAACAAAAACCUAAUGACCCUAGAAGCUCUCUGUGCUGGGAACAGAUGUCCAUCUUCUGUGUUUAUUCUACAUGUCUGUGCUGAAAAGCACUGACACAUUUUUGUAGCCAACCUCACGUAGAAGUGUGAGAGCAUCACCAUUUUUUGUAAGAGCCAGUUUCAUCUCACUUUCCUACCCUUGAUCCCUUUUUUCCUAAUUCCCUCUCCUUUUUAAAUUUUAGUUUUUCUUGUAUUAUUUUUAUCUUUGCAAGUCUUCUUAGAUCCUUUUUUGGAGUAAGAAUGAGUAUAAAUGAAUAAGCACAUCAGUAAAUGAAUGAAUAUUCUCAAGGUUAUUAAAUGCCCAGUUAUUUAUACUACAGCAUUUAAAAAGCAAUCCGCAAGUGAUAAAAAAAAAAAAAAAAUGAUGUGACAUAUCCGUUGCCUGAAUUGCCUCUUUUGUAAGCCAGUGUUGGGAUUAUAGCAGAGGAGUAGCAGAAAUAAAUAUAUUCAGACACAAACAUAUAGAUAUAAUAAUAUCCAACCACUUUAUAUGUUUUAGGGUCUCGUUAA